AUGGAUGAUUAUAGAAUUGACGUACCUGAUAUUGACCUUUUAUGUUCUGCAGAAGAAUGGUUUUUACCAAGUGAAUUAAAUAUUGGUCGAGAAUAUCAAUUUCUAAGAGAAAAUAUGAUAUUAACUAAAAGUAAAUAUUUAAGUGAGGUAUGUGAAUUUGCAUUAAAUGGUAAAUUAGAAAGAAAAAAUUCAGUUUCUCAAUAUAAACCGGUUUAUAUAAUUUUUAAUACUGAAUCGAAAGUUUAUUGUAAAUUGGAUUUACCAAGUAUGUCAAAUGACCAAAAUGCAAAUACAUAUAAUAAAAUUGUCACUAAAAUAUUUAAUGAGGGUGGAUUUGACUAUUUUAAUAAAGUCAUCAAAGAUAAAAUUAAAAAAUGUAAUAAAGGUGAAAAACCGUUGUAUGAAUUAAGUUAUCUAUCUACCAUGCCUGUAAUCGAGAAUAAUGAUAUUAAAUUGAAGUUGGAGCCUAUUCAAAAAUCAUGGGAUCGAUACGGUACACCUUUAACGAUUUUCAAACUGAUAGAUAAGAAAAUAGGAUUUUGUGAACCUUUAACUAGUGGAUAUGUUAUAUUUUUAGGAGGGGGAAUUAAAAAUGAAGAUAUGGUUAAUAUUUAUUUCCAUCUUAAGAAUUUAGAAUUAUGGAUAUUUAACAAAAAAGGAGAUGUCGGCUGGAGAGAUAUGGUUAAAAUUAUCAAACAACCAUCUAUAAAAUUCUCUAUUGAAUUUAUCCGAAUUAACAAAUUGAUUACUAAACGGAUUUUAUUUAAAUUCAACAGACCUGUUAUACCAUACCAUUUAUUUUUAUACAUGGAAGGUAAGUAUUUAAAAAAAUACGAAAAUGAUAUUAUGAUGGAUAAUAAAAACAAAAAAGAUUAA